GUUUCCCUCUGGUGGCGGCUGCGAGGGCUGCUCGUCGCGGGGCCUCGCCUGACUAGUCGGGGGGGGGGGGUGGCCUAGGGAGCAGCUAAUAAGACCAAAUCCAAAGUUCCAGACUCAGCUGCGGCUUAAAUACAUAUACUAUAUACCUAUAUAACUGCAUAUAUAUAUAUAUAUAUAUAUAAAGGUACUUCUGAGAACCUCAUAAUGAGAAACCAGCCAGUUCCUGCUUGCAAUGGGAAUGUUUUACAUACAGGUACACGGCGCUCCUGUGCAGGCUACGACAUUUCCGUCAGAUCCCGGCACAAUGCGAAAGCUCAGCCUGGCCUCCCCGAAAGAGGAGACUGGCCCAGUGACCGCUGGGCUCUGCACCAAGCUGCUCGCCCGCAAGAACAGACUGCCCACAGGUCCGGCUCCUGCAGCGGAAGGUUAAAUCCCAAGGAGGAAUGCUGUACAGAGAGAUCAGUGCUUGCCCAGCCAACAUUUGUUUUUGAAAAGAAGGACCGUCCUUUGAAGCGGCCUGCAGAAGACCCAGUUUGCAAAGCUGAAAAUGAUUUCAUUAGUUAUUCCAGAAAGCGUGCAAGAUCAUCAUCUUUUACUUUCCAGAAGUCUGACUCUCAGUCUAACACAGAUACAACUGUCGCUCAGAAAAGGGGGAGAUCAUCUUCCUUUACCAUCCUUCCUACUUUCCCUCCCUCCCAGCCAGUAAAGAAGAAUAACAUAUUCAUGACCUCAACUCUUCUUCAAAGAAACCCUGACUUGAUCAGAAGUACAAAAGAAGGAUCCUUGUUACAAAGUCAAUUGCGGAAUGUCAUUAGACCUGCCAUUUUACAACCCCCACAAGCCCUGACCUGUCCUGAAAAUCCUGUAGUAUCUCUAGUGACUAAGAAAGAAGCAUAUGUUCAGCUAUCUGAAGACAGGUCUUAUUCGUCAGCUGAGAAUUCAGUAAGUUCCAAAACAGCAGUGAGGUCAUCUACUACCAUGAAUCUUUCUAGCUCUAAAACAACACGAAGUCAGUUGUUUGAAGAUGGAAGUGUACAAAACAGCAGCAAUUCUGAUUUUGUGUUUGGAGAAAACAUGGUUGAGAGAGUUUUGAGUCCUGAAAAGCAUCCCAAGCCGUGUAAUGGAGCUGAUUCAUACAAUGGAGAAAUAACAUCCAUGUACAUAGAACCUUUUCAUGUCAGUCCACAAACAAAAACAGCUUUGUUGAGGAAUGCAACACUAAAUGAAUCAGCAGCUGCUUCUAUUUCCAAGCCAGUAGAGAAAAUUCUGUUAGAUAAAGUUGAAGUUAUAACUGGAGAAGAAGCAGAACACAAUGUAUUACAGAUCAACUGCAAGCUCUUUGUAUUUGACAAGCUUUCUUUAACCUGGAUUGAAAGAGGCAGAGGAUCCCUGAGGCUUAAUGACACUUCCAGCAAUAAAUGUGGAAUGUUGCAGUCAAGGCUAAUUAUGCGAAAUCAAGGCAGCUUGAGACUGAUUCUCAACACCCGACUCUGGGAUCAAAUGGUUAUAAAAAGAGCAAACAGGAAGAGCCUGUGCUUUACUGCAACAGACCAAGAGGACCACUCUGUUCAGGUAUUUCUAAUUCAGGCAAGCUCAAAAGACACUGAAUACCUGUAUGCAGCAAUACAUCACCGCCUUGUGGCAUUGCGAAGCUUUGCUGAGCAAGAGCCAGAUGCCAAUCAAGUAGAUGCAGAGUCAGAAAUAGCUUUUGAGCCAUUAAACUGUGAUAGUGAUGAUGAAGAUGAUGAAAAAAUAACUCAAGUGAGCAGCAGUGGAUAUGAUCAUUCUAGAUGGAACCACAGGCAGUCCAUAGUUUGCUCCUGACACCUACCAGAGGUUACAACAGCAUGGCUGGGAACUCAUCUUCCCAAAAUGUCUAAGCUGACGCAUUAGUCCCAGGAGGGAGGAAAUCAGAUGCAUUUUGCUUUAUGAGUUUUAAGCAAAGAUUAAUUUUAAGGACAGCUUAAGUUUAAUACAUUGAGAAAGAACUUCAGAUGCACUUUUGAGGAUUCUAGUCAGCCUGCUUUGCACUGGGAUGGCAAUGACACAAUGGCUUCCAAUAUUCAAGAAGUGUUACCAAGGCUUCAGAUUUUAGAAUUAAAUAUAUUUAGAUGCAUUAUUGAAGUAAGGAAUUUUAUAGGGAAUAGAUGUUUAUUCAUCAUAUUGAUGGAUAAAAGCACAUAACCAUGAACUAAUAAUGUAUGUGAAGAGAUACUUGUUACUUUUCAUCUGUUUUUUAAAAGAUACAUUUGGAAAGCUUUAAAUCAGGCUUCACUGAAAAAACAUUUAUUUAAAAUUGUGUGGUAACAUUCAGUACCCUGUUUUUAAGUACAUACAAGCAGAAUUGGGGGUGGCAGUUUAGCGUGACCAAGGCCUAUGAAACCAGCAUUCAUAACAAGGUUUUUUUUUCUCUUUGUUUUGAAAAUAUCUGGAGUUGCAUACUGGUUAUAGAAUUCUGUUAAAGGGCAAAGAACCAUGAUCCGCCUUUACAGCCAUAAGCACCAGGAGAAUUCACCAUGAGGAACUGCAAGGCUGUUCUAGGGGCAUAUGAGCUUUAAAAUCUAUAAGUAUAUCCACUUGCACUCAUGAACACCUCUUCAGUUGCACAAAACAAGCACCUGCACUAUUAAUUGUCCAUUCAAUAUACGCAAAUAAACGCACAGUAUAGCUGGAUAUCUGCAUAAAAAUUUCUCUUAAAUGUGUGAGAUUAUCUGAGAUUACUUCUGCCUUAGCUGUAGCUAUCCCUGAACAGCAUCAUUCCUUGAAAUAGAUUAAUAUGUUACACAUCCUAAUGUGUGCAAUAAUCCCAGCAGUGCCAAAGACCCACUCACUCUGUAAAAGUGAUUCCACAAACUACUGCCUUUGACCUAACCAUUCUCAUGAGGAAUUAGAAAAAUCAAUUCUCUCUAAUGCCACCUAUGAAUUAAGAGUUACUGGAUCAUUCAUAAGCCCGUGCACAGUACAGACACCAUUUAUGCUCUGUAUUUUCUAUUCAUUCUGUCAAAAGAGAAAGAAAAUAUGCCUGUAAUCAUUCUGCUGCAACUCUCUGUUGCCUUGUAUAUUGUUGAUUACCAAAUACUAUUUCUUUGUCAUCCUCAGAGCUGAAACAAUGUUCUGAAAUACCUGAAGUCCUUUUAAUUAAGGUAUUUGUAACAAUUUUUCAAUCUUAAAAGCUGCAUCACACCUGAGGAGUCAAAUUACAAUUUAUUUUUCCCGUCUGAACAUAAGUAUGAAGUUGGAAGAAUACCAGCUUCUUCCUGAAUUCUCAGUGCCCUGUCAAGAUUAGCAUCCAGGUGAAACUGGACUAGCAUCUGGAUUAUGCUGAAUCCUAAAUAGCCUGCCAAAAUUAGCACUUGUCUGACAUUGAUUUAGCAUCUGGAUGACAGUAAGCUUAAGUGGGACUGGGUUUUUGCCUUCAGGAAAAGGGGACGGCUUCACAAGAGAGCAUCUGUGUCAAAUACUGAAGCACUGAUUGGACUCUUCAGUCUGCCAGUAAUGUCUUUCCAUAACUACCUGUACAUUGUGUCCUUUUCUAUCGGCCUUGCUCCUGACCACAACAGUAUUUGCAUCACUGACCUUCAUAUUUCAUUGCUGCAACUCAUACUCGGGAACAAAGCUCCAUGUUAUAGCAACUUCAGCAGUUGUAGAACACAGCAGCCCUCUGUAUUUAGCAACAGGUCAUGGUGAUAACUUUGCCCUGGAGUUCAGCUGGCUAUGCACUGAAUGCAGAGUUUGAUUUCAAAGUCUGUCCUGAUAAUCAAAGCCUUCCAUGAAACAGGAUUUAAGCACCUGAGUGUCACGAUAUCCCUCUAAAUUCUACUACAGCUGUAAAAUCCUUGUCAGAUGAAGGAGCGUUCCAGGGCAGGUGCAACAGAACUUCUGCAGACACAGGACUUAAAUUUUGCCAUUUGCUCCCACAGCAUAAGGAACAAGGCUUAUGAUCAUUCACAAAUAAACUCUCCUUUGAUCUGCCUCUUCCUAGGAUUGUUACAUGUAUACACAAGUACACACGCAAACACACAUGCUCAUGCACACACACACACACACACACACUCUCAAACAUGAAGCUACAUCUCCUAAAAGCUGAGGAGGAAGAGAUGUUUAACUGUUUUGAAGAGUUUGGAUACUGUGGUAAUAGAUGACGUAUAAAUAGGUGUCUGUCCAGAUAUAUUUAUGAUAUGAUUUUUUACUCCUGAGAUCCUAGUUAUUUAUUCUACUCAGUCUCAUUGCACUAAAAUUCAUUGUUUCUCAAGACUGAAAGUAUGCUAAUAUGUAAUAUAUUAACUUGGUUUUAAAAAUGUGAAGAUUGUCAUUUUAUGACAGCCAGAGCAAUGAUUGCUAUGCCUGAGCAAUAAACAACUUCCUUACAGCUUUAA